GAUUCUGUUAGCUGAAUUCUGAGCUUUGUUUCAUUUUGUUUUUUUUGGGUCUUGUUAGGUGAUUCGUUGGCAGAAUUGAAGUUGCUGAUGGAGAGUUUUCACAGUAAUGAGAAUUUUGUUUCAUUUCAAAUAGUUUAGCGAAUUCUUUUUUAUAAUUGAAGCACAAGAAGGGGUCUUCUGAGAUGUUUUUACUUAAGCAUCACAUCAUGAAUUCUUGGUGCAUUGGAAUUAAUUUUAGUCAUUAAUUCAUUAUCACUGGAUAUAGAAUCAGAAUAAGAAAGAUCAGUAGGAGUAACGGAUAAUAGGAAGGGGAUGCUUACUUUCUAUUCUCUUUCCUGUUGUAUAGCUCAACCCACAAAAGGCUUACAAUCUUCACCUUCUCUGCCUUUCUUUCCUGGAAACCCUAGAAAAAGAGGAUUCCCUUCUAAGGUACUUUUGAGAAUCUUUACAGUUCAUUCUGGUUCCACUGGAAAUUCGAAUGGUGAAAACCAAAGCCAAAGAAUUAAUUAUGCUGGUAUGAGACUAGAGGAGACUGUAGAGGCCAAGUUAGGAAAGUUGAGGCUUGAUUCUUGGAUCUCUUCUCGCAUUUCUGGCAUCAGUAGAGCUCGCAUCCAGUCAAGUAUUAAAUCAAGGCUGGUUUCUGUCAAUGGCAAAGUUGUCGAUAAGGUUUCACACAAUGUCAAGGCUGGGGACAAGGUCUCCUGCACAAUUUCAGAGUUGCAACCCUUGAGGGCUGAACCUGAGGACAUACCUUUGGAAAUAGUCUAUGAAGAUGAGCAUUUACUAGUUGUCAAUAAGCCUCCGCACAUGGUUGUUCAUCCAGCACCUGGGAAUCCUAGUGGCACACUUGUAAAUGGCAUACUUCAUCAUUGCAGUCUUCCAACAGUUGCAACUUCAAGCUUGGAAGUUCUUUCAGACAUGGAAGAUAUUUCUGAUGAUGAAGAGUCACAUUCUACCCUAUGUAGCGCAUCUGUUCGCCCAGGGAUAGUUCACAGGUUGGACAAAGGCACUAGUGGAUUGCUUGUAGUUGCUAAGGAUGAACAUGCUCAUGCCCAUUUGUCCAAACAAUUCCAGCAACACACUAUCCAGAGGAUAUACGUUAGUCUUACUUCUGGUGUGCCCUCUGCAUCAAUGGGACGUAUUGACAUCCCUAUUGGUCGUGAUGUUAAUAACAGAAUUCGUAUGACUGCUAUACCUGGACCAAUUAAGCAGGGACAGGCACGUCAUGCUGCUAGCAGGUAUAAAGUAAUUGAAAUACUUGCUGGUGGUGGUUCAGCAUUGGUUGAGUGGAGGUUAGAAACUGGACGUACUCAUCAGAUUCGUGCACAUGCGAAGUAUAUUGGAAUUCCUCUAUUAGGUGAUGAAGUUUAUGGAGGCACCAAAAGUUUGGCUUUGUCACGGCUUCGACCCAGAAUUCCCCCUAGCUGUCUCAGUCAACUUUCAUUAUUGCUGUCAGGAUUAGGGAGGCCUUGUCUACAUGCUUUGGCUCUAGGGUUCACGCAUCCACACACAGGGGAAGAAAUACACUUUUCUCGUCCACCUCCUCCAGAUUUUGCUGGGAUCUUGAGCCAGCUUCGUAAAAUGGGCAUGGAAAAGGUUUAAUCAGUUGAAGUUUGCCUGAUGGGCAGCCCAAUUAAGAUAAUUAUAAACUGUUCAAUUUUUUUUCUGAAACACUGGCCUGUGAGAACUCAGUUCUUUAUGCUAGAUCGCAAUUGGAAGACAGUAUACAAACAUUGAAAAAUACAAAGCAAGUGGGUAACUGUUGCUGGGGUGCAAGAUUCUGGCAUGUUAUGGAAGGCAAUUCCAAUUUCCACUUUGAUUUUGUUGUCAGUAAUUGCAUUUCUCUUCAUCAACCAUAGAAGACUUAAAGUCUCUUUGUAACCUUGGUAUGUUGGAGUCACAUGGCGCUUUUUAACCAAAAAGGUCUGCAAGCUUGACUGUCUGAGAGAGAGAGAUUACCCAUUUUUAUACGUGUCUGUUGAUGACAUUAGUUGGUCAUUGGGAAAAAAGGUAGAUCAAGUAUAAAAAGUGUUAUCAGAAAGAUUUUGAUUUAAUAUAUAUCAUUUUUGUUUA